AUUCUUUAAAUCUUUUGCGUUUAAGUUUUAAACCAAAUGCAACUCUGUCGUUAAUGAAAUGCAACUCUGACGUCAGGUAGUGCAAAAAUCAUCUGUUUGACAAAUGAAAUAGCCGAAAGAAAAAGGAUAAAAGCAAAAGCUUAAUUUAGCAAACAACACAUCGAAUUUUACCACAACGCAUAACAAGUCGGGUUCAGUGAGAAGUUAACCAGCUUGUAUACUGCCAGGAACAGAUUUUUAACUGGUCUUUGCCACAAUUGUGCAAAUUUUUUGUGCGGACAACCUGUUCUAACAUAUACGGAUAACACAUAAUGGAGCAUAUAUCUGCAGUUAUCAGUGGAGACAUUAUGAACAACAGCACUUCAUCAACGUCAGCAGGCAAUAAAACAAUAAAUUCGAAAGAUUCCAAAACCGAUGUUGUAGCUGUAACUCCAUUUGCUGAGGUCGAGAAACUCACCUAUGAAAUCCACCGUUAUUCCAGUUUCUCGACCAACUAUUUUCCUGAAAACAUACUGGUAGAUUGCCCUGGUGAUCAAUCCUCACGCUGGUCGGCACACACCAACAAUCCACCACAGUUUCUUACUUUGAAGCUGAAGCGUCCUGCCGUUGUGAAAAAUAUUAAAUUUGGCAAAUUUGAAAAGUCACAUGUGUGUAACAUCAAAAAAUUCCGUGUUUUCGGUGGACUCGAUGAAGACCGCUUGGUGUUGCUUUUAGAAGGUGGCCUAAGAAAUGAUAACGUGCCAGAAGUAUUCAAUUUACGUUGCAAAACAGAAGACGGUACGGGACAACUGCCCAUUUUGUAUUUGAAAAUAGUGCCACUACUCUCAUGGGGUCCAACUUUCAACUUUAGUAUUUGGUAUAUAGAAUUACACGGACAGGAUGACCCCAUGUAUACCAGUGUGAGCUUGACGAACUACAAUAUGUUACGUGAAGUUGAAAUCGUUAAAUUGUGCCUAAAACACUUUCGUCAACAAGGCUACGAUGCCGCUUUCAAAGCUUUGCAAGAGCAAACUCAAGUGCGUCUGGAACACAAGCUUAUAAGUGAACUACACAAAUGUUUGGUUAUAAAUGGUGACUUCAAGAAGGCUGAAAAAUUCAUUACUGAAUGUGUCAAUGAGGGCCUUAUGGACUCGUAUCUCAAUCGGCAAGAUUACAAACAUACUUGGCGCAUGCAGCACACACAAAGCAGUACGCAACCAGGCAAUCGUGGUGGCCAUCAAUUAGUUGUGGAUACCAAAAAACGUUUAGUCUACUUAUAUGGCGGUUGGGAUGGCUAUCGUGACCUCAGCGAUUUGUGGGUCUUUGAUAUAAAAACCAACAGUUGGACGUUGCUUUUCGAACAAACUGAGCUCUAUAAUGGACCAACGCCACGUUCGUGCCACAAAAUGGUGUACGAUUCGGUUAGCGAAAAUAUAUUUAUGUUAGGUCGUUAUUUAGAUAACUCCAUACGCACCACGGAAUACAUUAAAAGCGACUUCUUCCUGUACGACACACGUGCACGCACAUGGCUGCAAAUCUGCGAUGACACAAGUCAAGUCGGUGGUCCACACCUUGUUUACGAUCAUCAAAUGUGCAUCGAUAGCGAGAAGCGUAAUAUUUAUGUGUUCGGUGGCAAAAUACUGACACCACGUAGUGUUUUGAAUUCCACUUCGAAUGAACCCGAAUAUUCGGGACUGUUCUCCUAUCACAUUGCCACUAACACAUGGACACAGAUACUUGUCGAUUGUCAUCAUCCAAGUGCAUCGCAGGCCGAUGUACUCUCGAUAAAGUCGCGCAUCACGCACUGCAUGGUGUUUCAUACGAAACAUCGCAAACUGUACAUUUAUGGUGGGCAGCGUGGCAAAGAGGACAUCGACGACUUUAUCACCUAUGACGUUGACACACAAGCCAUUUCCGUGCUGAAUAAAGACAAUAAUAAUUGUGGUGGCGCCGGUGGCAGUAGCGUCUGCACUAGCGUUAGCGAUACAAAGAAUGAACCUUCGCCAGGUUACACGUUGCGCGCCACCAUCGAUUGUGAUCGCGAUGAAAUUUACAUUUUCUCCAGCUUGAGCAAACUGAAAGAUCGUCGCGAUAUCCAACAUGUGGAUGCAUCAAACUCCUUUUGGGUAUAUUCGCUAAAGCAUUACAUGUGGUCGCGCAUUUACACGUGCCGUCAUAAUGCCGAGGCAUCAAAUGCCACAGUGAAGUCGGAUCUACUCGAACCGUGUCCACGCUAUGCGCAUCAGUUGGUGUACGACGAUGUGGCAAAGUUGCACUAUCUAUUUGGUGGAAAUCCUGGCAAGUCUUCGCGUCCACAAAUGCGGUUGGAUGACUUUUGGUUACUUGAUCUCGAAAAACCCAAGCGCAGUGAGAUUUUGAUGCAUUGCCGUUAUUUGGUGCGCAAGUUGCACUACGAAGAAAUGACACGCGUCGAUCCGUUGAGCGCAAUGCAAUAUUUACGUCAUCGUGUUGCCGAAGUUAUUGAUCAUUCGAAUCCAGAACAAUUAAAUAAUUUCCACAAGUUGGCCUCACUGCUGUUUCGCUGCGAUGAUACCAGUAGCACAACCGGUCGUUCGCAAUUGGUCACACCGCCUUUGGGCAAGUCAUUGAAAAUGGAUAGUAGCAUACAAGGGGAGAAUUUGGAAGCUGAGACAGCAAAUGUAUCGGCAGAAAGCGACGAAAAACAGCAAGAUGAUGACGCUUCGAAUAAAUCGGGUCUGCAUUCAGAAGGCUCCAAUCCGGCUGAGGAUCUUUCGAUGGAGUCAUGCGAUAGCACUGGAACAGCAUCAUCUGUCUCGGCUACCUCUGAUUCGGCCGUGUCGUCGGCGGGCUCCUCGACGCAUGGGCGCCGCAAUAAUACUAAACGCGUACAUGACAGUCGCGAACAAGAGUUGCGCAGGCGUCGUGCGUAUCUCUUCAAUAAGAUAGUGAAACUAAUGCCGGCCAAUAUGGUGCAACCGGAACGCAAUCUAAGCGACUUUGUUGUUAUGUAAAAGCACGGAUGUUGGAAAAAAAAUGAAAAUAAAACUCACUUUUUAUAACAACCAACUAAGUUAAGUUAAGUAUUAAAAAAAAAAAAAAAACAAAAAAA